AGUGAAAGAUUUUCUUGCAAUCUCUUUUUCGAAGUGUUUCUGGGUUUUACCCAAAGGGUGCAGAAAAAACCAAAGUAACAUUUCUUUACGCGUGUUCUUGUGAAAAAUGGCGGAUGUUUUGGAUCUUCAAGAAGGGACCGGCGAAGAGUUCGAAGUUGACGAAGAAGGAGACCAGGGCUUGCAGAAACUAAAAGAAAAGGCAAAAAGAAGAAAGGGAAGAGGAUUUGGUUCAGAUGGACCUACCAGGAGUGGUGUUGAAGAAUAUGAAGCAAUGGAAGUGGAUGACUCUGAUGGUGGUCCAGGUCCACAGAGAUCUGUAGAGGGCUGGAUCCUGUUUGUUACUGGUGUCCAUGAAGAAGCACAAGAAGAUGAUAUCCAUGAUAAAUUUGCAGAUUAUGGUGAAAUUAAAAAUCUACACAUUAAUUUAGACAGAAGAACAGGUUUCCUAAAGGGUUAUGCUUUAAUUGAAUAUGAAACCUUUAAAGAAGCACAAGCUGCCAUGGAUGCACUAAAUGGAUCAGAUUUCUUUGAACAAAAAAUUAAUGUUGAUUGGUGUUUUGUCAGAGGUCCCAGAAAACACAAAGGAAGAAGAAGUGGGGAUGAUCGACGGAAAAGAUGAAAACUGUACUUCAUUGUUUUAUUUUAUUUUAGCAACAUCAUGAUAUGUUUAUAAAGUCCAGCAAAUUUUGUAUUUCUCUUAUCAAGUAAAUCUAUAGAUGCUUGAUACCUAUGAUCAAGGAAUGAUUUAGUGAAUAUUAAAGGAAAAAACUGCAAUGGUUAUUUUAGAUGUAUAAAUCAUGAUCUUUAAGAACAUAAGGACACAUCAUUCAUUAUUUUCAUUUUUUAUGCUGUCACUUUGUGUACAUACAUGUCAACAUUGAAACUGUAAAUAAAUAUUGUUCUAAAAA